AUGGAUCCCUUCUCGCGGGAUGCCCCACACUCAUCUGCCGCUUCCAGUAACGGUUCGCCUACCGUGUCCAGCGAGAGCCCGGGGACGGCGACCUCGUCGACUCCUUCCACACUAUCGGCGACCUCGGAUGUCCGCCUGUCGCAGUCUUCGGCCGCGCAGCCGCCUUCAGUCCCCGCCGCAUGCCUUGCCUGCCGCAGCAAGCAUCUGAAGUGCGACGGGCUCACUCCCUGCUCGCGCUGCUCGAGCUCUAACUGCGAGUGCGUCUAUAUCGCUUCGCGCCGUGGCUACAAGGGCCCGCGCAGAAACACCGCGCAGAACCCUAACAAGCGCCAUGCAUCUUCGUCGCCCCCGUAUUCCGAGCCCGCAGACAGCUGCCCGAUGCUGCUCGGUCGUGCACCCGUAUCUAUCCCUCCCCCUGCUGUCCAUGUCUUCAACCCAACCAUCGCUCUUCCGGAGCAGUCGCCCGUCUCCUACGCGACGACCACUCCGGCCCAGCCAAACCCGCCUCUCUACCGGAACCCCUUCGCCCCCGUCCUGGAUCCCAACGCCAUGGCCUUGACGACGACUACUGUCCCGCCCACCCAGGCCCCCGUCUUGAGCCUGGCCGAGCGGUGCUUCGAUGCCUUUUAUCACUUCUUCCACGCCGGCCACCCCUUUGUGCUCCCAAAGGAAUUCUUCGUCCGCCUGCUCAAGGACAACUCGGCCCCCAAUGUCAACGUUGUGCUGGCCGCCAUGAGAUACAUCGGCUCCCUGUAUCUAGACGCCGGCCCGGCCCGGGCGACGUACCUUGACGAGGCAAUCAGGCUGUGCUAUCUAUCCUCGACGGCCAAGGACGGCUAUCUCAUCCAGGCCCUCCUGCUCAUCAUCAUCGGACUGGACGGCAGCUGCGAGCAGGAAAGAGCUAGGGAGCUUCUGGCCGACUGUGAGCGGUUCGCCAUUGAGAUUGAUCUCAACAAGCGCGAGUUCGCCUCGAUGCGAGGCCACGGCAAUAACGUCUUAGAGGAAAGCUGGCGGCGGACCUGGUGGGAGCUCUACGUCUGCGACGGCAUGAUUGCCGGCGUCCACCGCGUCACCAACUUCUUGCUCUUCGACAUCUCGGCAGAUGUGGGGCUGCCGUGCGAAGAGCAACAGUAUCUCACUGGGCGCAUCCCUCCGACCGCAUACAUGGAAGACUUUGACGACCAGAUCUUCUCUGGCGAAGACCGCGAGUUCUCAUCGUUCGCUUACCGCAUCGCCGCCGCGAGGAAUCUCGGACGGUUCAUGCGGAUGCCAAACCUCAUGUUUCCCGACGACGAAAACGUCGCCAGGGUGGAGGCGCUCCUCACCAACUGGAGGAUACACCUCCCCGAGUCUAAGAGGGACGAUCUGGGCAAGAGCUGCCAGCUCGACGAGAUGAUGUUCCAGGCCCACUUCAUUACCCAUGCGUGCACCAUCAUGCUCCACCAGCCGCUGUCGCAGCUGGACUCGUCGCCGGUCCAGGCGGUGACGUCGUGCGCCCCGCACCGGCCGGUGCCCGCGGGCGACAACUUCAACGCGCAUACCCGGCACACCAUCACGGCGGCUUGCGAGAUCAGCAAAAUGGUGACGCAGCCAGUACCGAUCCUCAACCACACACACUUCUUCACGUGCGUGGUGACGCUGUCGUCGAUUGUGCACCUCUCCAAGUGGGCGCUGUACUUUAUCGACGACGAAGAGGACCUCCGGCAGCAGAUCCGGCUCAACAUUGGCGCGCUCAACAAGAUCAGCAAGGUCUGGAAGGCGGCCAACACGGCGUGGGGCCAGGUCCGCGGCGUCGCCCAGGAGAUCUAUCGCGAGAAGAAGGCCCAGCAGAUCAGCCCGACCUUCUGGGUCGGCUUCACGCAGGAGCAGAUGAUCAGCAACAUCAAUGCCGACGAGGGCAUCAUGAGCGAGUUCAACAGUAUGCUCACGCAAGUGACGCAGGGUCAGUGA